UCGCCAUGGCGACGCAGCCCGCCCGGAAGCCGCCGAGAGGGAGAUCAAGAGCGCGGGGCUGUGGGUGCGGCGGAGCGAGGCGGCCUGGACGAGGCGCGGCAAGGGCCGUGGUGGCCGGCCUGCCGCCAUGCUGCCCCAGUGCUCAGAGCAGACCCUGAGCGAGCUGCUGACCCGCAAGGAGGAAGAAUGGCGAGUGCUGCAGGCCCAUCACACCCAGAUGCAGGAGGCAGCUCUGCAGGAUGCACAGAGGCGGCUGGAAGAGGCUCAGGAGAAGCUGCGGCACCUGCAGGAGGACUUCCUCUACAACUUGCGGGUGCUGGAGGAGCGGGACAUGGAACUAGAGCGUUAUGAUGCUGCAUUUGCCCAGGCCAGGGGGCAGGAGGAGGCCAGGCAGGCGGAGGUGAGCGAGCUGAAGAUAGAGGUGGCCAAGCUGAAGCAGGCGCUUGCCAGAGAGGCCAGGCGCAUGGAGGAGCUGCAGCAGCAGCAGCAGCGGCGGGUGCAGGAGCACCGCCAGGAGCUGGAGCGUGUCCACAGUGACAAGGAUGGUGAGAUCGGCCGCCAGCGGGAGCAGUAUGAGAACCUGAAGUGGAAGCUGGAGAGGAAGCUGCAGGAACUGGAUGGCGAGCUUGCUCUGCAGAAACAGGAACUGCUUCAAGAAUUUGAAUCUGAAAUGCAGAAGAGGGAGCAUGAGUUCCGACUGCAUGCCGAUGGCAUGAGUAGCGUGGUCUUGUCCCAUGAGCUCAAGGUUAAACUUCUGAGCAAAGAGCUGGAGGCUCUGAAAGAAGCUGGAGCCCAGGCAGCAGAGUGUCUGCAGAGAGCAGAGACAGCAAACGCCGAGCUGGAAAAGAGACUGCAGGGCCGUGCCUGGGAGCUUCGGAACCUGGAAGCCCUGAAGGACGCCCGGAUAAAGGACUUGGAGGAUAAGCUUCACUCUGUGCAACUGACCAGGAAAAGAGAAGAGGAGACAUUUAAGAGAAAAGGCCCCACCCUGUGUUUCAGGCAUGAAGAACUUGACCAUCUGGCCAGGGAGAGGGACGCGAUGCUGGUGGCUGUGAAGGGCGCCCAUGCAGAGCAGCUGCGGGCUCUGGAGGCCAGGGUGCUGGACCUGCAGGCCCACAGUGAAGCCCUGCAGGUGCAGCUGCGCAGGGCCGAGUGGACGCAGGCCGACGCUGCCAGGGAGAAGGACGCCCUCAUCAACAAGCUCCGGGAAGAUGCAACUGCUCUCAAAGCCAGCUGGGACGCCCAGGUCACUCAGAUGUCCAAGGAGGCCAUCGCCAGAGACCUUCAGGUUCAGACACUGCAGGAGGAGGAAGUGAAGCUCAAAGCACAGUUGGCCAGACGCCAGCAGGAUGUGGCCAGGUACAAGCAGGAACUGUCCCUGGCAGUGGAGAGGGAGAGGAGCCUGGAGCGUGAACAGGUGCAGCUGGACCUGGACUGGCAGCGCCGCUGCGACAGCAUCGAGAGGGACCAGAUCCAGAAGUCAGAGGCCUUGAUCCAGGGUUUGACCGAUGCCCGAGGCCAGAUGUCUUCCCAGGUUGCUGCCAGACUCCAGGAGACGGAGCGGGCCCUGCGUGAGCAGGAGGCAGUGCUGAAGGCUGUAACCCUGGAGCGGGACCAGGCUGUGGAGGCGCUGCGGACACACGGGCUCCCCGCUGCACAGGAGAAUCUCCCAAGGCAGCGCGAAGGAGAAACCGGGAAAGCUUUUCCAUCCAGUGAGAUCCAGCGGCUGCAAGAGCAGAACGCGAGCUUGCGGAACGCUGUCGCCCAGAUGAGGAGGGAGAUGGAGGCACUGAGUGGGGAGACACUUCCUUCUGCACCGGCUGGAGAGACCACAGGCACACACCAGCCCGAGGCAGAGGCUGCCGGGGACACCGCCCCUCCUCAUUACAUUCUGGUCCUGGAAGCAGAAGUGCAGAACCUGAAGCAUAAGUUCAGAGCCCUGGAAGGAGAGCUUGUGGGCAUGCCGGAGCCCCCAAAGACAUCCUGGGGCGACGCGGAGCCGCACCCCAGGGCCCCCGCCUCCACAGAGACAGGAGAACCUGCCGCAGCUGGUCAGGCAUCCACUGGAUUGGCACUCAGGAAGCUCAGAGACAGAGUGCAUCUCUUGAACUUGCUGGUGAUACAGCUCAGAAAGAAGGUGCAGCAGAGGCCCCUGGAGCUGGACCCCAUCCAGCGAGAGCUUCCCCGUGAGGUGGACCAGGUGCACCUGGAGGUGCUAGAGCUGCAGAAGCAGGUGGCUGAGCUGGAGGAACAUUUUGGGACAGCCCAGCAGGAAGGACAGCAGCUGGAAGCCAGGAAGCAGCUCAGGAAAGAGGGCCUUGCAGAUGAGAGACCUGUGGGGACGAAGGACCCAGGGGAGCUCCCCAGGCACCCACAGCUGGGGCCACAGCCUCCACAGUCUGUAUCCGUCCCCCACCUGCAGAGGAAACUUAAGGAAGCCGCCAAAAAAAUCCUGCGUCUCCGCCUGGAGAAGGAGCAGCUCAUGGAGAUGGGGAACCGGCUUCGAGCAGAGCAGGGACACCCCAAGGGGAGACUGCCCUGUCCUCCCCUGCCUCCCACCCCCGGGGCCCAGGACCAGGGUGAGGUGCCCGAGGCUCUUUGGGACCACAGCCUACCUUUGGGACAGGUGAAGACCCACACCACAGCUCAGUGGGACCCUCAGCACACCAAGGAAGAACAUCAUUCUGAAUGUGCAGGGAACGGCCAGCCCUGCUUGGCACACCCAGUGGGCAGAAGCCAUGUCCGGCGAGCCUGGAGGGCAGGCGCAGCAGGGCCCACUCAGGAGCAGCAGAAGCAACUCGAAACCCCCUGGGUGACUUGCAGACCACCUCAGAAAGAAAACGGGCCCAGGAGGCCUCUGCAGGCUGCAGUCCCUGAGGAAAAGGGCCGUCACACCCACGAGUCGUCCUCACUGGCCAGCAACUCCCUCCAGGACACCUGGCGGUUACUAGACCUGGGAUCCAGCCCUUCAGGCCACCCCUCCCAGGACGACUCAGCUCCAGAACUGCCUGCAUCACCAGUGCCCCACAGUCUCCGGGAAGCUGACGGGAGCCCCAUCAAGAUGCAUGUGGCCUUUGCAAUCAAAGGGAGGAAGAUGGCAGCUCGGUCAAAGGCCAAGCCCACCAGACCCUCCAAGUUUCAUCCUGCAAGACCUAAAAGUUGCCAGCAGCCCCCCAGGAUCCGCAACUACAACUGGAAAGACUGACUUCCUCGGCCUCCUACAAAUCGGCCCUCACAGCAGCCUCCCUGGGGCCUGCGCUUCCGCCUCCAUGUGGCAUGUAGCAUGUGGCGGAAGGGCUGUGAGCUACAGGGCAGGCUCCCAAGGGCCAGAGUCGGCCUCUGAGCCAUUAAAGCCAGGUGCCUCCCUCCACACUGCACGGCUGGCAGAGUCGUCUGUCUGUCCUGCUUGAGAAAUGUGGUACUGGUGUCACAGAGUGAGCCUGGCCUGGCCUCGGUCACCUGCCUGUGCCACCACCAUGCUGCCCAUUGGCAGGCCGUGUGGACUUCCCCAAAGCCCAGUGGAGUGCAGAACAGAACACUCACCAGAAAAGCCAGCGUCCCUGAGGGGGCCAUGCAAGGGUGCUCCCAGGAGGACCCCUCCAAAGGGGUGUGGAGAACACAGCUCCAAGCAGGCCCAAACCUGGACCCAGAUGGCACCCUUUCAUUCAUGUUGGGGUGCUCACUGGUGCUGGUGGGUGGCGGGGGUCACCAAGCAGUGGGUCCCCCUCAUCAUCAGCAGCAAAGCCUCUGCAGUGGGAUGUUCAGAUCAGGCCUGUGCCCGGGACGAGACACGCAUGUCCACUCUGUUAUUCCAAGUGCCACAGGAACACACACUCCACCAAAAACCCUGUCCCAGUGUCACCCCGGUGUGACCUCAGCCUGCUGCCACGCAGACUCAUCCUGUGGCCAGGCCACGGCCACAGCCAUGCAGAGCACUCCCCCAGGCUCCUGGGCCUUUUCCCCAACACCCGUGCCUGGCCUUGCCCUACCCGGAGCAGAGGUGCCCUUGAGCUGCCCCUUCUGAACCAGGCAGAAUGAUACUAUGGGAGGUCCAUGGGCAAGGCUGCCCCAGCCCUCACUUGCUGUGUGACCUCGACAAGCCAUGUGAUCUGCGGCUUCAGUCUACACCCAUGUUAAAACAUGGAUGGUGAGUUCUCCCUGCCUGGCACACAGUGUUUGGCCUGGACAAGGAGCUUGGGAAGCCCACAAUGGCGGUGUGGCCCGAGAUGCAGGCUGAGAUCACAGACGAGGUCAGAAUGGCAGAUAACUGCCAGUCCACCCUGUGGCUCACUGUUGGCAUCACUCCUUCAGGUGUACACAGCAAGGGUCCCCCUGCACACACCGGUUCCUGGGGUCACGGCAGUGCAGGCCGUCCCAGUGUUCCAAGCAGCAGCAAACUGCCAGGAGCAGUGUGCACACUGUGAUCCCAGCAACUCCAGAGGCUGAGGCAGGAGGAUUGCAAGUUCAAGGCCAACCUCAGCAAGUUAAAUAGCCAGACCCUGUCUCGAAAUGAAAACAGAAAGGGUUGGG